AUGCCUCUCAAAAUCUACGGGAUGGCCCAAUCAUCCUGCACAAGACGAGUCCUCGUCACUCUCGCUGAAAAGAACAUCACUGAUUAUGAGCUUAUUAUUGUGAAUCUCCCACUUGGCGAGCAAUACAAGCCAUCCUAUACUGAGAAGGCUCCGUUCGGAAAAGUUCCUCUGCUAGAUGACAACGGGUUCCUUCUCUAUGAGAGCCGAGCGAUUUGCCAAGGGAGACUUGGUGGCAUACGGAUUGCUUGCUCUAUUGAGAUUAACUUCUUUGAUGUUCCUAUUUACGCACUGGUCUGGGAGAAAUUAAUUAAACAGAGGGCUCAGCUUGGUGAGCCUGAUGAAGCCCUGGCAAAGAAAAAUCUCGACUUACUGGACACCAAUCUUGCGGUGUAUGAAAAGAUCCUUUCCAAACAAAAGUAUCUCGCUGGGGAUGAGAUCACUUUGGCUGAUUUGUAUCAUCUGCCGUACGGUGUAGAGGCGUGGGAGGUCGGUUUGAGAGAUGUGGUUAAUAAGUAUCCACAUGUAACGAGGUGGUUUGAAAGUAUUGAAUCGAGAAGCAGCUGGGAAAGAGUCUUGAUCGAGUCUUCACUAUAG